UAGCCAUACAUCAUCCAUUUUCAUUCUUCCCAUCUUACCAAUAAUAGUGACUUUAGUCUCAGAAUUUGGAGAAAGAGUUCUCACAUUCAGUGGUGAGAAGACGUAAAAAAAAUAAGUUAGACAAAAACCAAAUGGCAACUCCAAACUUGGUCACCCAAUUAACUGCACUUAUCGUGGAUGACAAUAAACUCAACCUAAAGAUUCAUCAAAAGAUAUUGGAGAGUGUUGGAGUGAAAAAUCAAGGAGUGAAAAAUGGCCGAGAAGCAGUGGACAUUCAUCACCAAGGACAAAGAUUUGACCUCAUUCUCAUGGACUUGGAUAUGCCUAUCAUGAAUGGCAUUGAGGCAACAAAGAAGCUUCGGUAUGGUAUUGAUAGCAUGAUUGUUGGUGUAUCAUCACACUGUACAGAAGCAGAAAUACGAAAAUUUAUGGAAGCGGGGCUGAAUGAUUACCAUGAGAAACCCCUGAACGUUGCUAAGCUUAGUUCAAUUCUUGAUAAGAUCAACCUCAAAUAAUUUUACUAGUUAUUAGUAAGAUCUAAGCAUGUGUGGGGAAAAUAAUAAAUAAAUUACCUCCACAAGUUACCUGUUCUUAGUUUCCAAAUUUCAUGUUUGUUUGUAAUUUUAUUUUCAGUAAUUUUGUAGUUCUUCUUUUACUA